AUGUGGCUCGACGCACCUCAAAAAAGUACUAUGGCUGAAUCUGCGGUUCUCCGCUAAGAAAAACACGAAAAUUGGGCCGCCGAAGCGAUCCCUUGCGAUCCAUUCCUAACAUCAACUCCUAUUAAAGAUCAGAGGGUCGAGAGCAAAGAGCGAGAAAAGGAGAACCCCAUUGCUAGUGCUAUCUUAUCUCCCGCUGACAAAAUCCUAAGCGAUGGACUGGGCCAUGUUUACGGCAAUAUGGGCACUCUGCCGAAGUUCAGGACUGAAGAGGAUGAUGCCGAUGACGCAUAUUACACCUACACAGCAUCCAGAAGAUAUAAGCAGUCCACAUUCAACAAACCAUAGACAUAUUAUAUGUGGAUCAUGAGU